AUGGCCGCCCAGCCUUCAAUUUCACCCGCCGCUCCGUCGUCAUCAUCGAACGGCUUUUCUCCUCUAGAAAGAGUGGAAAAUAAGGAAAACAUGGAGUCACUCUACGCAGAAGGAAGGCUACGCGGGAUGCAGACCCUGCGUGUCUUCCCUCAUUGCCGACUCUGUCGCUUCAAGUUUCAAGAAGGCGAUAAGGUUGUCGUGGUUACGCUCAAUAACAAACAUUCAAAGCCAUUUCUCUACGCCUACCAUGACUCGCAUAUUGAUAACGCUUUAAAGGCAGACAUCGUGUGCACCUCCUCCGCAGAUAAAGCAGACGGCGACCACCAUCUUGGCACCGGCUGUCAUCUCUCAUGUCUCCAUUUCGCCAACAAGCUUGAGCCCAGGGACGCGGUACAUGCGGCCCAAGCAUCUGCAAGUGUCGUGCAAUUUGAUCACCAUUUGCAAUUAUCAGGCACUACCGUGACCAAGGCCGCAAACAAAUCCAACCUGUCCUUAAUCUUCAGUCCAAAGAAGCAACAGAUGGCCAAUAUCGGCAGCAAAAAACAAACAUUUGACUCGCGUGCGAAAGAGAUGUUUUCGAAGGCGAAGCUCCUAUGGCAGCCCAACAAGGGCAACCCCAUGGGUAGGCUCUUUGCCGCGAGCCUAUACACCUACGAACCUCCGGUCUCUGAAGAGAAGCGCAGGUUGCUUCAUAUCCGAAGUCAACUAGCCAUACUUCUUUCCAGACGCUUCAAAUCGCGGGUUUCUUUACCUCUGGAAAUUUGGAAGUCAAUUGCCGACCAUUUAGUCUCCGAAUUUGCCAUCUGCUCAAUGCUGAGUCUGCCUUUUCGCGACAGCACUGAAGUGAGCACGGCCAAGGAUGUGUGGGCAACCCAUGUCAAAAUUGAUGGCAUCCCUUAUGUGUCAAAGCUCGCAAACAAACGAAGCUCUGGAGCCAAGCUGGCUCUCCGAGCGGCCGAUAUGGCCUUGGAGCAUCCCUUGUAUAUCAUGGAGGACCAUUUAGGGAUUCGAGAGAUGAUAUCCUCAGCACAGCCCCCUGCACACAAAGCCGGGAUGUCUGCGUGGUGGCGGGUAGUGCCGCUGGAGGUGGGAGAAAAGAUUUCUUUUGCCACCGAUCCUGGCUGCACCGGAUACUCGGUCUGUUGGAUCAAUAUCCCCAGCUGGAAAAGUGAGCGAAAGAAAGGGAUGGGGCUGGUGCAUAUCCACGCACACCAGCCAGGUGAAAGCUUAUCUUUUUAUGAGGACGUGGCACGCUACACUAACAAAUACGUCUGGGAAUAUGUUCCAACGGUCGAGGGAGAGCGUCUCAUGGAGCUUAGCAUGCUGCUCAAUCGAGACAUGUCUCCCCGACACGAGUUUACCUUGACAUUUCGAACAAGCCUAAAACGGGACUUGAUUGUCGGCCCAUACACAGAAAGAACAAGUCUCGAGGAGACACUCACGUGGAACGACACGUGGAGAUGGGACUGUAUAUCAACAUUUUCAGGACUCGCCCCUGAUACAGUAUGGAUGGAAUCCCCUCGUUUCGAAGGAGGCACAAGUGGAUUUGUCGUUGGGCCACAGCAUAGAGGGCUGAGCCGCUCGCGAUAUUUCAAUCCCUUCAAACCCCUUCCCCCUAUCCUCCCGUAUCCUCUGCCAGACCGCCACCGGGACAAGGAGUUAUUUCAGUCGUCAGCCAGUCUGCAUAAUCUUUCAGAAAUAAUCGUCUGCAGGUCAAGAAGAGCGGGACUACCCUCCAAUAUAUCUGGGUUACUACUACGCUAUGAAGACUCAUCGGAGAAAAGCGUCGGUAGCUUUCGCAUGGAUUGGGCGGAGAGCCCUAUCUCUGUGCCUGGGAAGUCUCCGGCGCUGUUCAUGAACUUUAUCCACGAUGACGUUCGGUGUUUUGUUAGCGAGUUGGCUUUUUUCCCGCAAGAAUCGCCAACUAUGCUAAAUACUUGGAAGGAAUUGUCUUGGGGGGAUGAGCUGGUUUGGGUUUGCAGUUGGGAGGACAGCUACGUUUAUUCCAUCUGA